AUGUUUGGAGGAUUCGCACCACCACAACUCUCGGACAAGGAGCUCAGGGCUGCCGAGGCCGAGGCCACUUUCACCGUUCAGCGGGCACUAGCAGCAGCCGUGGCGCUUUAUCUCUCACCCUUCGCCGUCGACGCCAUCUGGAAGAUCCUCUAA